AUGGCCUCAUUUGCUCAAAAACGUCUCUGGACGGAUGAAAAAGUUCGUUUCAAUGAAUCGAUGAACAAACAAAUAUCAGUUUAUAAUGAAUUACUCAUCUACAAAUUGUCAUCAAACACGACAUUUUCUUUAGAUCGUCUUCGCCAUGCUCUUGCACUUAUUGUUGAGAAACAUGUCAUACUUUGCACAGCAUUAAUCUAUGGUCAAGACGGACUCAUACAAAAGAUACUUCCAAUAUCAGAGAAUCUUUAUAAUUUCGAAGUAACCAAUAUAGUAAAUGAUAUACAUUUAAAACAAAUUCUAUAUGAUGAAGAAACUAAUCGAUCUUUGUUUGAUCUUGAGAAAGGUCGUGUGUUUCGCUGUCAUAUUCUCUGUCACUCAUCAAACAAUGACGAUGGCAGUAGUUUAAAACAAAAUGACAUCAUUCUUUUCAACUUUCAUCAUAUUGCUUUCGAUGGUAGUUCAAUUCAAAUAUUUAUUAAUGAUCUUCGACAAGCUCUUAUAACGAGUGAAUUACAUUACAAUUAUGAAGAUAAUAUUACCUAUCUUGAUUAUGCACAAUAUGAACUAUUAGAAGAUUGGUCGAAUACUCGACAAUAUUGGAAGAAUGUUCUGACAAUCUUCGACAAUGCAAUUCAUGCACAAAACUCUUCAGUAAGAACUGGCAAGGGUCAUACUAUCACUUUCGAUCUUAAUCGAGAUUUUGUUAUCAGUUUGAAUCAUUUUAUUUCUCAGUCAAAUUUAACACUUUUUCAAGCUGGUUUAGCUGCUUUUUUUGCUUUUCUUUUCAAAAUGUCUAGCAGUCAGCAGCUCGAUUUGUGUGCAGGUAUUGUAGUUGCUAAUAGAUCUCAAUAUCAACUUCAAAAUGUAAUUGGUUUUUUUGCUAAUACAUUACCAUUUUGUCUGACAAUCGAUCCGCACGAAUCUUUUAUACAACUUUGCCAAAGAAUUCAAGAAACUUGGCUAGAUAUUCUUCCACAUAUACAUCUGCCUUAUCAAGAAAUUGUUAAACUUAAUCCAAAAUUAGGAUCAUCAUUCCUGCGAAUAUUCUUUCUUGUCGAAACAAAAAUGGAUAGUGCCGAACACAAUAUAGAACUCGGCGAGGGAACUACACUUAAUACUAUGGAUCGGAAGGUACUAGCUGGUAAUAUUGCCAAAUUCGAUAUGACAUGUACACUCCAUGAAUAUCGUCAAAAGGAAACAAUAACUGUUUCGUUCAAUGCCUCACUAGAUUUAUAUGAUGAAUCGACUAUUUCCAUAAUGGCAAAUCGUUUGAAGAAUAUUUUUGAACAAAUCUUUUCUAUUUCUUCUAUAUCUCAAUUUUCUCUUGUAUUACCACAUGAACUGGGACUAAUACGUGCUUUGAAUAAUACCCUUGUUAAUGAUGGUCAAAUCAGUUGUAUUCAUCACGCAUUUACGCGGCAAGUGACGCAACAUCAACAAAAAUUGGCUGUUGAACUCGAUGAUCAAUCUUUGACAUAUUCCGAGCUAUUAUAUUAUGCUCAAAUAUUAUCUUUGGAUCUUAUGAGCAAAUAUCAUAUUGUUCCAGGUGAAAUAAUUUGUCAAUGUGUGGAGCGAAGUUUGUCAAUGGUGAUUGGUAUAAUGACAAUUGAAAUGGUUGGUGGUGUAUAUUGUCCACUAUCACCCCGAGAUCCACAACAUCGGUUACACGCACUUGUACAAGAAACUCAAACUCGUCUUGUUCUCGUUCAUUAUCUGACCAAACUAAAGUUUAACGAUGAUAUUAUAUCGCUUGAUAUUGCUUCACUAUUAAUUGGCAAUGAUAGACAGAAUGAUAUUGAUGUUAAUCGACUAUCAAGUGUGGUAGUCACACACAAUAGUACGGCUUAUAUUAUUUUCACAAGUGGCUCAACAGGCACACCAAAAGCGGCACAAGUACGGCAUCGAAAUUUCAUAGAAUUGAUUCGUUCUUUGAACUGUAGUGAUGUGAUCAGUGAGAAAGACACAGUGGCACAAAUGGCACGCUGUUCUUUCGAUGCUCAUAUCCGAGAUAUAAUGGGAACACUGGUGAUCGGAGCUACACUAAUUAUGCUGCAUCCAGGAGGAAACAUGGAUUUCGACUACCUUGUUCAUAUUAUGAAAGAGAAGACUAUCACUUGGAUUACCACUGUACCAACUAUACUUCACAAUUUUUUCACGUUUCUGCAUCAGAUUAAUUGUUUUAAUGCCACAAAAUGUCUACGAUCAGUUGGUAGUGGUGGUGAAGCAUGUACUGCGCAGUUAGCACACUUAAUUCUAAGCACUGUACCCAAAACAUGUCGAGUAUGGAAUUUAUAUGGUCCAGCCGAGACGACUGUUGAUUGUACAGCUCAGUCUUUGCUUAUGACCACACUCACUGGAAAAAUUCCAAUUGGCAAACCACUUCCAAACUAUAAAAGCCUAGUUCUAGAUGAAUUUCUACAAAGUGUAGCCAUUGACCAAGAAGGAGAAUUGCUUGUCGGGGGAGUGGGUGUCUUUAUUGGUUACCUUGGACGUGCUGAUUUGACAGCGAAAGUAUUCAUUCAGAUUGAUAGUGAAUUGUUCUAUCGUACAGGUGAUCUUGUUAGAAUGGAUAGCAAGGGUCUCCUUCAUUAUAUUGGUCGCAAAGAUUUCCAAAUCAAGUUGCGUGGACAACGCAUUGAAUUAGGAGAAAUUGAACUAUGUUUACUUAAGACAUCGAUUUCGGCCUGUAUUAUUACAAAAUGGGGCACUGAUCAUUUGGUUGCUUACGUUCAAAAAAUUAGUGAUACUGACGAAAAACAAUUACAUAAACAUUGUCAAUCACAUUUACCACCUCAUAUGAUUCCGUCGUUCUUUGUUAUACUUGACAAGUUGCCUUUAAAUGCAAAUGGUAAAAUAGAUCGAAAACUUCUCCCUCAACCUGAUUUUAAGGCUGUUAACAAGACCGAGUUAACGGAUUUAACCCCACUAACAUCACUUGAAGGCCAUCUACAACGUAUUUUUAGUGAUGUAUUUCAUAAUGAAUCACCUUGUGUAGACGCAUCGUUUCGAGAAAUGGGUGGAACAUCAUUAGAUGUCAUACGAGCACUAUGGCUUAUUCGUCAAGAAAUCUGCACCAACAUUGACGUUGAUCUCUUAUUUGCCAAUCCAUCCAUUCGACAACUUGCACAAGCAAUAGAGCCUUUAUUAGUCACAUAUGAUGACUCAACUCUUACAUCGACUACUGCAGAAUUAAAAGAAGAGUACGAUCGAUCAAUGCCAUGUCUAUACAUAGAAAUGUUAGGUAUUCUACUACUUAUAUGUCAAUGGAUACUUCCCAUAUGGUUAACAUAUCAACUUCAUCCAUUGUUUAUCCUUCUUUUUGUACCUGCUUUUCACCUUCUCUCAUAUGUUGUUUGUCAACGUCUGCUAGUUUAUCGAGAAGAGAUUGGAAACAAAGCGGAUAAAUUGUUUUCAUGGUAUUAUUAUCGGUGGUGGUUUUUGAAUAGUAUGUGGUCAAUCAAUAAUUCUUACUGGUUAAAACAUCUAUUGGGUACAUCAUUUUACAAUUCUUAUCUUCGACUGUGUGGUGCUAAAAUUGGAGAUCAUUCACAUAUUUACACCGUAUUAAUUGAUGCUCCUUGGUUGAUUGAAGUGGGUGACUUUACAUUUAUUGGUGUAGACGUUGUACUUUCAAAUUUAUCAUAUCAAGAUCGAACUUAUGAACUUCAUCGAAUUCAAAUUGGAUCCUAUUGUUCCAUUGGCAUACGUUCUGUGCUCUAUGAAAAUGUGUUUGUCGAAGAUUGCGUCUAUAUAGAACCGAUGUCUUCGAUCUCAGGUCUCAUUCUAGCAUCAAAACAUCAUAUCUCUUGCCAAGAUCGAUUAUUAUCGUUCAGUCAAACUAUGUAUCAACUCACUUGCUUACUCACCCUUCUUUUCAUUCAUAGUUUGCUUCUCUUGUUAGCUUACGAAUUAUAUACGAAUUGUUUCACUUUACUACUGCCAUUGUCUAUCAGUCUUGCUCUGAGCUGGCUAAUGUGGUCAUUGACAAGUCUCUUUACUAUGUUACUCUUAUUGAAAUUUAUUGUAGGCCCUUCAAUAUCAGGGUACUAUUCACUGAAUUCUCAGUACUAUUUGCAUAAAUUAUGGUUGCGUCAAUUGAUUAUAACAUCAUUUCAUCAUUCGCUAGCUGUGAUACCACCAUAUGACACAUUGGCGGGCCGGGGGUUUUUGAGUGCUCAUAUCGAAGAUGAUGUUAAAUUCGCUGAAUUUACACAAAUACUAUAUUUUCCAACAGAUUUGCUUAAUAUCGAACGUGGCGUAACAACAUUUGCUGGAACUAAACUUGCUUCUUUUGAAAUGACAAAAGAAGGUCUUUGUUACCUUGAUGAAAUUCAUAUUGGUGCAAAUACGAAUCUUACUAAUUGGUGCACAAUUAUGCCAGGUACACGACUUUCACCCAAAACAAUGAUUGGUAGUCUUACUUUAAUUGUACCAGAUACAGUUAGUAAAGAUACUAAUCGAGUAUUACUAGGUAUUCCAGCUCGUGAAAUGCCAUUUGUACUGGUUGAUACCACAUCUUUCGUCGAUGGUUUAUCGUCAUCUUCAAACUCUGUUUCUAUGCAUACUCUGAUGUUCAAUUGUCUUCAUUUCUUUUUAUAUAAGAGUGCAUUCAUCAUUUUAUAUUUAUCAUUACCAGUUGCUUUUUCACCACUUCUUCAUAUUAUGAUCGUCUGCGUUGUUUAUCGCUUUUCUAUUGCAAUCAGAAACAAACGAACACAAUUCACAUUUUCUGAGGUUAUCAAUUGUUCACAACAGUUUUUUCGCUUAUGGAUGUUUGAUUUUUUCAUUUUUGUCGGUCCAUAUUUAUCAGGAACACAAUUUCUUGUGUUCUUUUAUCGAGCGCUUGGCGCUCAAAUUGGAUGCGACGUUAUUCUACCUCAUAUCAGUUGUCUUACUGAUCCCGAUCUUGCCACUAUUGGUGAUCAUGUUCGCUUACAAAGAGGCGCUCAUGUGCAGUGUCAUACAUUCGAACAGCGGGUAUUAAAAUUUGCACCCGUCAAUGUAAAUCAUUCGAGUGUACUUAUGAAUAACACCUUAGUACUCUCUGGAGCAAUACUACAUGGAAGAAAUCGCAUCUUACCAUGGACACUUGUAAUGAAGAAUGACCAACUACCACCUAACACAAACUGGUCAGGUGUACCAGCACAACAAAUUCUCUAA